AUGGCAACAGAUAUAGAUAAGGAAACUGAUGUAUUAGCAUCAACUACAGAGAUUGUAGUCAAUAAUCGUAAACGACGAUUGCGGAUAAUAAUCAGUAUUUUUCUAGGUUUAUUCUGUGUUAUAAUAAUUGCAGUUCCUACAACAAUUACUUUAGUAAGAAAAAUUGAUACAAUCACUGUUUCGACCAGUUCAACUACAUCCGUGGUGGUAAUCACAUCGACAACACCAUCCGAUGGCUUACAACUUUUUAAGAAAAAAAACGAAAUGGUCUAUGCUAUAUGGAACACAACUGCCGGUUAUACCAGUACACCAUCUUUACCUGGUGGAAAUAUUGGUGAAUAUUGGGGAACUGAACCACCGGAAGCUGCAGUAGAUGGCAACCUACAUACAGAGUAUACUAAUCAUGGUGUUUGUGAUGCAUCACCCUAUUAUUCUGAAGAAUGCGGCUUAAGAACUGGUUUCUAUUUAACAUUCCAAAGUAAACCAUUCAUUCUCGUCAAUUUCCAAAUGGCUACGAACAAAGGUGCCUUAGAGCGUAAUCCAUCGAAAAUCACGAUUGAAGGAAGUAACAGUAAAGGAGUUGAUUUAGUUCUUGGAAAAAGUUGGACUUUGAUUUAUAAUGGUAGUUCAGGUCUUGAAUUGAUUUUGGAAGCACGAACGUUUGGUAAAAUACAAACACUAUUGAAUAAUACGUUAUCGUUUGCAAGCUAUCGUUUUCUUAUAACUUCAAAAAGAGGAGCAGCUACUUCUGUCUCAUAUUCAGAAGUAAAAAUGAUGGGACGAUUUCCAGAUGAAUAA